UCUGUUAAAUUACGACUACAAGUGCCACGGACUUACUCACUGGAAGACAGAUUCUGUCUGGGAAUCUAGGUUGACUACAACACAACAACUUUCACCUCACAUCUGCAAACAAGUUGUUAUUGUUGAAAUCCGAAGACAGUGGACUUGGUUCCGCAGGAAUCGACUGAAUGGAACCAUGGAAAAACAGAGAUAUUGUAGGAUUGGUAACGUCACCGGUCUAUUUAGAAAGUAAGGACACUUUAAGCCCUCUGUUUUUGGAUAUCGGACGUGGAAAAAUGGAUGCGGGUAUUGAGAAGGAGUGUAGCGCUUUGGGAGGGCUCUUCCAAAUCAUCAUGAACGACAUGAAGGCCAGUUACCCUGCCUGGGAGGACUUUGUCUCCAAAGGAACCAAACUUCAGUCUCAGCUACGAACAACUAUCAUUGUGACCAGCUCCUUCCUGGAUGCCUUCCAGAAAGUGGCCGACAUCGCCACGGGAACACGAGGAGCAACUAAAGAGAUUGGAUCAGCUUUGACCAGGAUGUGUAUGAGGCACAGGAGUAUCGAAUCCAAACUCAAACUCUUCACAACGGCUCUCAUGGAUAAUCUGAUUGGUCCGUUGGAGCUGAAGAUUGAGGAGUGGAAAAAGGUGGCCAGUCAGCUUGACAAAGAUCAUGCCAAAGAAUACAAGAAAGCCCGAGCGGAUAUCAAGAAAAAGUCUUCGGACACCAUCAAACUGCAGAAGAAGGUGAAAAAAGGUAAAGAUGAGGUGCGUGUGCAGUUGGAUAGUGCUUUGCAGGACGUGAACACGCGCUAUGCUGUGUUGGAGGAGACAGAGAAGAGAGCUGUGUGUCGUGCUCUGGUGGAGGAACGGGGCCGAUUCUGCUCAUUCGUCAGCAUGCUGAAACCUGUGCUGGAUGAAGAGAUCAGCAUGCUUGGGGAGGUUACACACUUGCAGACUAUUCUUGAAGACCUGGGCAACCUCACUGCAGAGCCGAACAAACUGCCUCCUGCCAGCGAACAGGUCAUCCUGGAUCUCAAAGGCUCAGACUACACUUAUGCUUACCAGACACCCCCAGCAUCACCUAGCAACUCAUUGUCACGGAAAAGCAGCAUCAGCAGCAAUUAUACCUCAGUGCGACAUGUUCCUUCUCUGGACUCUAUCUCCAGUGCCGUUGACGGGCUUCACCUGCGUGUCCCAGAGACAGGACAAGAGCAGAGUGGUGCUAACAGUCAGACUGCCUCAGGCACAGAGAACGGCACUGCCAAACCUCCCCCUUACAGCGCCUACAACCAGCAUGGAGAACGGACACGAACCCUCUCCACCUCCUCCAGCAAGCCACAGUCUGCCAGAGAGCAGCUGGCUCUCACUCUGGGUGGAGGACUGAACUCAGAGGCUCCCAGGACCAGUCGAGAUUCCCUGCACUGCUCCAGUGGCUAUAGCACGCAAACUACCACCCCAUCCUGCUCCGAGGACACGAUUCCCUCUCACCACGCGGUAAAGAAAGAGCCACCUCUUUAUGAUUAUGACUACAUCUCGCUCCACGGAGGGGACGAAGUCGACAGCCAUCCAGAUUUCGACAAGUCCUCCACCAUCCCACGCAACAGCGACCUGAGCCUGAACUAUCGCAAGAUGUUCCAGACCAAACGCCCCGCCUCCACCGUCAGCCUAUUGGCCGACCCUGAGCCGCUGGCACAUCAGCAGCACACUGCUACCAUCCGCCGCAAACCUUCUAGUAAACCCAACUUCCGCCGCGGCACCAUCAGUGGAGGAGUUCCCAUACCCAUCAGCACUCCACAGGUGCCCCUGAAGCCUUCCACAUCCACGGCAGGUAUUCCGGCAGAGCUGGGCACAGGGAACGGAGGGAGUGAUGAGAUACUGUGCCCUCCGCCCACGGCGCUGGGUGGGAGGGUGGUGUCAGACCUGGCCCACGCCAAACACAACCUCUGCACCUCCACACAGAGUCUCAGCGCCGUCUCCCCGUCCUACUUCGCUCUGUUUCCCGGACAGCAGGCGCUAGGCAGCACAGAUCAGCUGUAUCAGAUGAGCAAGCAGCAGCAGUAUGCCCUACAUCAGCAUCAGCAGAGGCAGUUUCAGCAACAGUGUCUACAGGCCCAGCAACAACAACAACAACAACAACUGCAACAACAACAACAACAACAACUGCAUCAACAACAAUACCAACAACAACACCAACAACAGCUACACCAACAUCAGCUACAGCAGCAGCAGAUCCAGCUCCAUCAGCAACUACGUCAGGAACACCGACCGCCACUCCAGCAGCCUGGGCAAAUGCUUCACAGUGCCAACGCCUCUGUCGCCAGCGGGCAGUGCCACCCUGCCCAGCGGCCCCCGCAGACCCAGCCGGACGUCCUGGGGCCUCCUGGCAAUCACAGCGAGGGGGGCGACAUGCUGACCAUGAUUCGAAGGGGCAUAAAACUGCGUCGGACGAUUACCAACGACCGCUCCGCUCCACUCAUCACCCCCAACCACCUCAACUGACACCCACGGUGUCACCCACCCCACCCCCAACCAUCUCAACUGACACCCACUGUGUCAUCUCCCCCCACCCCACCCCCCAAAGCCUUGGUCUUUUUUCUCUGGAUGUUAGCCUUCCCAGCACUCCUGUGCUGAUUAAGACAUUGGUCAGAAUGAUUGUGAGAGAGGAUUUUUUUUUGUGUUGUUUUUUCUCUUUUGCAAAAUGCACUGUGUGUAUUUGGUACCGUUGUUCAGUAAAUUCCUCAGACAAUGGAUCAUCCAUGUGAAUGUUGCCUCUACGUAAUUUAAACAUGUUAAUUCAAGGAUA